AUGAAUAAAGAAAAUCAGUCUGGAGUGUCAGAAUUUGUGCUUCUGGGACUCUGCCACUCGUGGAAUAUACAGGUCUUACUCUUUGUGACAUUUUUAAUGCUUUACCUGACCAUUAUAUCUGGAAAUACUGUUAUUGUGAUCCUAAUCAUCACUGACCUUCAUCUCCAUUCCCCCAUAUACUUUUUAUUGGCUAACCUUUCCUUUGUUGAUAUGUGGCUUUCCUCAGUCACCACUCGUAAGAUGAUCACAGACUUUCUGAGGGAAAACAAAACCAUCUCCUUUGGAGGCUGCAUGUGCCAGAUCCUCUUUGCCCAUUUCAUUGCAGCCAGUGAGAUGGUGCUACUUGUGAUAAUGGCCUAUGAUCGCUAUGUGGCCAUCUGCAAACCACUCCACUGCUCAACCAUUAUGAGUCUUCAGAAGUGCAUUGGGCUGGUAGUGACUUCCUGGGCAAUUGGCUUUGCGCAUGCCAUGAGUCAAAUGGUUGUGAUUGUGCAGCUGCCUUUCUGUGGCCCCAGGGAAAGAGACAGCUUCUUCUGUGAUAUACCAGUGGUCAUCAAGCUUGCCUGCAUGGACUCCUAUAAUUUGGAAAUUUUAAUGAACAUUGACAGUGGUAUGGUAGCUGUAACAUGCUUUAUUCUGCUGCUGAUAUCCUACACAUAUAUUCUCCUCACUGUCCACCAAAGCUCUAAAACUGGGACAUCUAAGGCGCUCUCCACCUGUACUGCCCACAUCACGGUAGUGGUGCUCUUCUUUGGGCCGUGCAUCUUCAUCUAUGUGUGGCCAGUCACCAUCACCUGGGUGGACAAGUUUCUUGCAGUGUUUUACUCGGUUAUUACACCUCUCCUAAAUCCAGCUAUUUAUACCCUGAGAAAUCAAGAGAUGAAAAACGCUAUGAAGAGAUUCAGAAGCUAUUACAUGGAUUCUAAGGUUAAUAUUUAA